GCUCCAGUUAAUGGAACUUGGUUCUAACUACCAGAACGUCUACAAAGAUUCUCCCCACACGUGUACUUUCCACGCUUCCGAGAUGCUUUUUCACAGUCUGUCUGGAGGAGAGAUGCAAGGAGUGAUCGAUGAGAUGGACAGAAGGUCCAAAACUGAGACCUCAGCAAUCAGCUCUGCCAUAGACAGGGGGGAAACUGAGACGACUAUGCCCUCCAUCAGUAUAGACCGGGCUGCCCUGUGUGCUGGCUGCGGGGGGAAGAUCUCAGACCGUUACUAUCUACUGGCUGUGGACAAGCAAUGGCACAUGAGAUGUCUCAAAUGCUGUGAGUGCAAGCUCAACCUGGAGUCUGAACUCACCUGCUUCAGCAAGGACGGGAGCAUCUACUGCAAGGAGGACUACUACAGGAGGUUUUCUGUCCAGAGAUGUGCCAGGUGCCACUUGGGGAUCUCAGCUUCAGAAAUGGUCAUGAGAGCUAGGGACCUUGUAUAUCACCUCAAUUGUUUUACCUGUAAUACCUGCAACAAGAUGCUGACCACUGGUGAUCACUUUGGCAUGAAGGACAAUUUAGUGUAUUGCAGACUGCACUUUGAGACUCUUAUUCAGGGGGAAUACCAGGUCCAUUUUAACCACUCGGAUGUGACAUCAGGGAAGGGGACCGGACUAGGGGCAGGGGGGAAUAACCUGGCUUUUCAUUACAAUGGUGUGGGGACUGUCCAGAAAGGGAGACCAAGAAAAAGAAAAAGCCCAGGACCUGGUGCAGAUUUGGCAGCCUACAAUGCAGCUUUAAGCUGCAAUGAAAACGACGGGGAUCAUAUGGACAGAGACCAGCAGUAUACUCCCAACCAGAAAACAAAACGUAUGAGGACCUCCUUCAAACACCACCAGCUAAGGACAAUGAAAUCCUACUUCGCUAUCAACCACAAUCCAGACGCUAAGGACUUGAAGCAACUAGCUCAGAAGACGGGUUUAACCAAAAGAGUUUUACAGGUAUGGUUUCAAAACGCACGAGCCAAAUUCAGACGGAACCUUUUACGUCAAGAGAACAAUGGUGUUGACAAAACAUCCGACUCAACUCUGCAAGCCGGAACCCCAUCAGGACCAGCUUCUGAAAUUUCCAAUGCCUCAAUGAGUCCGUCCAGUACACCAACAACUUUAACAGACUUAACAAACCCUACCAUGCCAACUGUGACCUCUGUAUUGACGUCGGUGGCUGGCAGUUUGGACGUACACGAGUCUCGAAGCCCCCCACAAACGACGUUGACGAAUCUCUUCUGA